UUAAUAAAAUAUUGCCUUGGACCAGUUCGCGUGUUCCUAAUAGGGAAGCCCAUCAGCUUAAUAUAUAGAAGUCUAUAAAUACAAACACUGUAGUCCUUCAAAAAAGUGCGAUGUUUGAACACAGUGCUCAGCGAUGCUUGAAAAGGAAAUAAAAUUAAAAAUUGUCCUGUAGCACAUCACGUCCGUAGGUGUAACAAUUAACAUUGCGAUGUUUCACAUAAAAAUUGCGAUUUUUUUAAUAAUUAACGCGGUUAUCGCCUCGACCGCGAAAAGUAGCCAUAUUUUUAGUUUUCAUGGGAAUGUUAGUGUGGCGGUGAUUUUACACGAUUGUGAUGAAUCUUCUACGUUAUCUUACACACAAACCACCCUUCUACAUUCGGCCAUAUGGACUGUGGAGCGUAUAAACUUUUUAGAAACCGUUCAUCCCUUAAAAAUGGGUUUAUCCCUAUACAGAGCGUGUACUGACCUGGAUUAUCUUAAAACUAUCUUUGAAAUAUUUCAAAAUGUCGGUAUCACUGUGGGGGUUGUAACUGAUCAUCCGUUUAGUGAUAAGGUGAGGAAGUUUAGUGAGGUGCUGGGUCUAAGGACGAAAGUGAGAAAACGGUUCGAUACUUACCUAGUGAGGAGCGCAGUGCAGUUUUUCGACUUAUUAGGUUGGAAGGAUAAUAUUACCCUUAUUACCCCACAAGAGCAUAUCAUUGAUAUGUUUUAUUUUUACACGAAAAAGAAGCGGAUGUGCCUUACUGAAUGUUAUAUUUAUGAAGAUGCAAAUGCAAUAGUUUUUAACUCAACUAGUGAAGAUCCUGUAGUAUUUUUCGGUACAGCAUUUGAUAUUGAACAGCUAGUAACCAAUGAAACCCACAGAGAAGAACAUUUUAUAGCAAAUAACGUCCUGUUCGUCCCUUUGGAUGGAGACUUACCUAAUGGUAUCCCUGAGGGUACAUUUCUGGUGUUGCCACCUCACAUCACUCCGCCAGAAUUUAAAACUAAUGUUAAUGUUUUUCCCACACCGCUACUGUUCGAAAUUGCUGAUCCUUUAAUAAGUUUUGCCAUAGAGACCAGACAGUUUAUGGCAUCUAACUGCAAUGACACUAUUUACAAAAUCAACUGCUUAAGAAACAAACCGUCACUCAUAAUGCUUUUUCCUUUCAUUACCCCUGCAGAGAUAUUGAAAUUUUUGAAAAUUGAUCAAUUGGAUUCACUGUUUUCCUAUGAUAUUUACAAAGCUGAGAAAAGUAAUGAUACUGGUUUGCUUAACAGCAACAUCUACUUGAAGCCCUAUAAAAAAGUAUUGAAUUAUAAUGUUUUUUAUGAUAACUUUACUGUGAUAGAUGAUAGUUUUGAGCCAGUAAGUAAUAACAGUUUAGAGAAAGUCACUGCUUCAGGUGAUAUUUGCCCACAAGAAUUUGUAAUCAAAAGAAACAGCAAAAUCAUAUACAAAAGUGCCCUUAUAUCAUUUAGAAAUGAAGCUUGGAUCUAUGCAUUCCUAUCACUAUCCCUCCUUGGUGUUAUAUUUUGCAUAGCAAUAUUAAUAUUCCUCCUAAUGUCUCUUUUACGCCGCAGGAUCCUGGAAGGUAAUCCAGUUUUAACUUUACUUCUCUUAUGCACUGUCAUGUUAAUUUUUUGUGCCAUACUACCUUUUAGCAUCGAAAGCAACCAUAGCAUCCAUAAAGUGCUAUGUAUUGUUAAAACCCUCUGGGUAACCAUGGGCUAUUCUGCAAUGUUUUCUCUGCUAUUAUCCAGAUGUAUCGUCUUAAGCUCAGCAGCCAAAGAAAUUGGCUUUAUGUCCCAUAUCGCUGGACCAGUCCAGUCCUUUUUAUGUCUAUUCAUAUUUGGGGUCCAAGCUGCUUUAAGCUUACACAUAUUGGCUCGUUGCAAUGACAUAUUCACCCAAGGCUAUGAUUUCAUUUAUCUCAUGUCUUACAAUACAAUGCUUUUAAUCCUUCUAAUAUGCUUGGCCCCCUUGGUGUAUAAGAGUCAGAGGAACUAUCGUGAGGGCAAAUACUUUACUAUAGCAAUUAUAUUGAUCACUAUAGUGUGGUGCAUAUGGCUUCCUGGAUUUGCUCUUCUCUGCACGGAAUGGAAAGAGAUGAUGGUGUGUCUGGGUUUGGUGGGCACCGGAGGGAUCUUAUUAGGAACCAUAUUUAUCCCCAGGACUUAUUUAAUGACCAUUGCUGCUGAGAGGGAUAAAAUUACUAGCGCUUUACCAUCUUUGAACGCUGGGGCUAGUGCUAUGGAUAUUUAUAGGGCUCAUUCACAGCCGAUUUAUGACUGCGUCAACGUAGCCGCAAUAAACGCAGCCAAUGUUGCCAGAGCUGGAGCAGCUCCUUCGGCCCCAUCCACGAAUCUACAACAACCGGACCUGUACUCUUGUCCCGCAUUACCGGAGGAUCUGGAUUUCGACUUAUGUUGCGAUUCACCCGCGAAUACAGACAAAGUGACUCGGUUUUAGGUUUAUUGAAUAUUUAUUCAGCAUCGAGGAAUUGUCUCGAAUUUUGAAUUUUCUUUAUAUUGAAAUAAUUUUGUUUUUUAAAUAAGUUUAGUAAUAGUGCCUUAAGGGAAUAAGUAUAUUUACUUGCAGGUUUCCUUAAAAUCGCUCAGCCGUCCUUAAGUUUUAGAUAAUAGUUUAAAACAGUAGUUUUUCUAGGUACCUAUUAAUUUUAUCAUAUAAUGUAUAUAAUAUAUAAGAUUACUAGGAAAUAUAUUGCUUCUUUUUAUACUUA